UUUCCCGCCCUUGAGAUGUUUCGGUUUUGUCACGUCAUUACUUCUUGUGCAGCGUACAUCACAGCGGCACAAAUCCGUGUGCAUAUAAAAAAAAGCACCAUUCUCGUUCUGUACGAUCUUUUAGACCAUGAAACGUGGACUGUUCACCAUAAUCGGGGUCACAGCAGGGGCAGUCGGUGCGGUUGCAUUGGCCCCGCUGGCACUCACCAUGGCUGGAUUCACCUCUGCAGGUAUAGCAGCAAGUUCUUUGGCUGCCAGCAUGAUGUCAUCAGCAGCCAUUGCCAAUGGAGGUGGUGUGGCUGCAGGAAGUUUGGUCGCUCUCCUCCAGUCUGCAGGUGCUGCUGGACUGUCUGCAGGUUUGACAGCAGCCGUGGCAUCUGUGGGUGGAGCUGCAGGGGCUGUAAUAGGUGGAGCUGCAGAUUUGCUCUCUCAUUCCAGGGGUCCACCUUCACUUGAGAAUGAAGAUGAUGGAGAUGAAGAACAGGAGGAUGCAGAGAUGAUGAAUUUGCAAGAGGCCAAAGAGCUUAUGCCAAAAUAAGGGCCUCUGAUAAUAACAGAUAACAAUGCGUUUGUGUGAGCACUUUGUGUGCACAUGUUAAUUUUAUGCUUGUACAGGUAAAAUGUGCAUGUAUAAGGUGGUUGAAGAUCACUUUUUUUAUUAAAUAAUUAAAGCAUGGUUUUAAUAUGAGAAAUUGUAAUUAAAAGGAUUUGUGUCCUUGAAUUCUGUUAUGUACCUUUUUAAUACUUUCUAGGCUGAUUUGAAACAAUCUCUAUUUUAUAAAACACUACAAAAUGAAGGUGACUUGACUUAAUUAACUGUCUAGUCAUUUAAAGUAGUUUGAACAAUUGUCAUAAUGCUGUUAUUUGCAACCUAAUAAUAAAAAAUGAAAAAAGAAA